AUGACCGGAACCAAAGAUACGCCCUUACCACUCUCACCCCUCACCACCCCUCACCGCCCACCGCCCUGUGUGCCGGGUGCAGCGCUACCGGGCGAGGAGGUGGCGGGGGUGCUGGUGAACUGUGCGGGCGGGCUGAACAACAAGGCCAUUCAGGACGACUGGCGCAUCCGCCUCGCGCUGCCCCUCUUCCUCCUCAUCGACUGGCUUCUCUCCUUCUCUCCCUUAGCCACUGCCAUCUUCAACCGCGUCCGCAUCAGGGACAACGUGGCAUCGGUGCUGCGAGCGGUGUACAGCAACCCCGAUGCCGUCGACGACGAGCUCGUGCAGGUGAUGCUGAGCUCGUGCAGAGCUCGUGCAGGUGAUGCUGAUGCUGAAUUUGACAUUGAUAGCCAUGAUGAUGGUGGUGCCAUGGCAGGUGAUGAUCAAAAUGGUGGUGAUGCGGACAUGCAUGCUUUGCUCAUUUGUGCGCCAGCAGAGGACCCCGGGGCGCUGCAGGUGUUUAUAGCGGUGCUCACGGGCCCACCUGGCCCGCGCCCGGAGCACCUGCUGCCACGCAUGGAGGCACCGCUGCUGCUGCUGUGGGGCGAGCAGGACCCUUUCACGCCGCUCGAUGGCCCCAUGGGGCGCUUCUUCUCGCACCUGCCGCAGCACCGCCCCCUCACCACCAUGGUCACACUCCCCCUGUGCGGCCACUGCCCCCACGACGACCAGCCGGUCGCCGUGCAGCAAGCGCUGCUGCCAUGGCUCGCCCAGCUGGGCAGCACGAAGUAG